AUGCCUUAUUCGGUCUACUCGCAAUUGGGUCUUGGAGAGAUUAAGCCCACAUCUGUGGUUCUCCAACUGGCCGAUAGAUCCAUUAAGAGACCACGGGGAAUAGUGGAAGAUGUUUUGUUGCAAGUCGACAAGUUUUAUUACCCCGUGGUUUUUCUUGUCUUGGAUACACAAUCCGUGGUGGAUAUGGAGUCAUCCAUUCCCAUCAUUCUAGGAAGACCUUUUCUUGCCACGGUAAACGCACUUAUCAAUUGCAGGAAUGGUCUCAUGAAGAUAUCUUUCGGGAAUAUGACCCUUGAGGUGAAUAUUUUUCAUAUUCAAAAGCAACCACAUGAUGACGACGAGUGUCACCAAACAUUUAUGAUCGACACACUUGUCGAGGAGGAGGUUCUACCGCAAAGCAACUCUGAAGAUCUUGAAAACCUCCUCCAAAAUUCUGAAUCUGAGAGUUCCGAUCCUUGUGAGGUGGCUACCAUUGCUGCCAUUUUCAAAGAAUCACAGGACAGAGGAACUAAGUUUGGGUCACCAUGUUUUCAGGAGCUCCCAACAGAGGGAGAAAAACCGAAAUCAUCCACUGAGGAGGCUCCAACAGUCAAGCUAGCCCAACCACCUGAGGGCUUAAAACAUGCAUUGUUGGGAGAUGAAGACACAUUCCCAGUCAUCAUCUCAUCUAAACUCGAUCCAUUGCAAGAACAAUGA